AUGCCUAGCGCCUGUGUAAGGAAAUGUGCUCUCGUUGUGUUUAGGGAGUCGUCGAAUAAUGUGCGUUGUGUUAUGGGUGUUGUUGGCGUGCGAUCGCGGAAUUAUGAGAACAGCAAAGCAGGCAGCCGAUCGGACCAAACCCUCAACGGCGGCAGCCUCAUUAGGCGCACACUCAGGGUCCGCCGGAAUCUGCUGGAUGUGUUCGGCAGCGGUUGGUUGCCGCUUCAGCCCGGGCCUCGAAGACCGGCUGACCCUCCCGCUUGUGAGCCAGGUAAGAGAGUUCUUUCGCAGGUUCAUUUUGCAGGAUCUACCUGUUAUCUCCAGAAUGCUCACAGAAAUCGGUUGUCUUCAAUGUGUCAGUCAACAUCUCAGGCCCGCUCUGUUACUAGCCCACUUCUGAUUUUCCUGUGCGGUGGUGGGAUUCAUAUGAGCUAGAUCAAUGUCCGGCCAUUGUGUAGCUGAUACUGCCUGUCUUAAAUGGUGUAGUGGCACAGGGCGGCUGUCGACAAGUAUCCACUCGUGGUAUUUAAUCCACCUGUAUUCACUUCAACAACGCGCGCAUCAUCGAACAUCACAACUUAAUGUACACAUGUUGGAGUUUCGCUACUUAUUGUCUUAUGACCUUGGAUCUUCAAUUGAAUGAAUAUGUCCAUGAUGACAAGUUGGUUCUUCGUGUUUUGUGCUGUGGUUUCUCCGAGUCCUUGGGCUGGGUUGCCCAUGCCCAUGAAGAGACGCGAAGUCUGACUUUCCUGCUUCAACUUACUUACCGCAUCCGAGUGGAUUGCGCAACACGUUCGUGUUUGAACUUUCCGCGAGCAGGCAUCUGAGUGGAUUCCGCAGGAGCCGCUAUUAGCGGGCGCCCUUCGCAAUCAUCCGCCACUCCUUCAGUACUGAUGAACAUCCCUAACAACGUCUACACGAAAAGCAAACGUCACAUGCAAGCAGCAGCAGAUGCUGCUUCAUCGCCUACGGGAAGCGUGAUGCAAUACCUCUUCAGGCAUGAGCCUUCCGCGUUGAGUGCCGGAAAACAAUGUCUACAUGAGAUAUCUGACCACUUCUCGAAACUCGAAUUCUCAUCGCCCAACAACAACAAUCGGGCAGGCGGACAACAUGAUGAGGACAAGCAGACUGCAUAGGUGGGGCGUGAUAUACGCGUCGCUUCUGCUUUCAAUAGCCCGCCACAAUCAGCGCGAUCGCCGCCAGAACAAGCCGGGUGAAUACUGUGAUGAGAAAUCUACACCUUCAUCGUAUCAUCUGAUCACGGUUGAAGAGAAACACUAGAGAAUUCUGCCAUUCUGACGAAUUUGAAAAGAUCAAUCUGAGGCUCUCUGGUUAUUGAUCUUACACAUCCGCCGAUAUAUCAAGAUGAGGAACGUACUAGCAUGAUGAGCAUACCUUUUUCGGUGAAUUCCACGCUCGUGGGUCACUGAGCAAGCGAAACCAUGAGAUUUCUGCCUGAACACAUUACAGUACUCAGCUAGUACGUCGGGAGAUCAGGUAGUACAUCUGACCACAUGACAGUAACAGAACAACAACGAUAUCAGCUAGCAGUUGUACAUCUUGAGACCACCAGUCUCCGAUUGGGACAUCACAGCAAAGAUCAAACGAGGAGUGGAGAAAAUAUCGCAGCUAGAUGCGAACCGAUGCGUUAAUUGUUGUAUUGUGCUUGUAGGACACCCCAAGUAGACAAAAGCGCUAAUGUACGUGUACGUGCACGACUCCCCCACUCUUUUGCUAGAGUGGCGAC